GAGCCGACUGCGCAGGCGGCUCCGGGCUUCAGCGCCCAGACAGCCGAGGCGCAGGAACCGCACGCACCUGCUGCGCGCGCCUAGUGUCACACGUCCCGCUCUCCCGCGUCGGGGAAACAGGGGAGACUCCCGCGGUUAGAGCCGCAAAAACUGUGCGUGUACUUUCGAUUCCGGUCCUCCGCAUCCCCACCCACGGCUGCAUGGCUGUAAUAUCCGGCAGCUCUCCCGCUUCCAAAGGGAACAGGCAGUUUCCUGAGAAGCCAGACGCAGGCGGAGCGCCUGAGGGGCGAGGGAGAGCGGCUGAGAACUUGUCCCUUGACUGCAGUGCCCGCGCCACGUCACAAUGGCAUCUGGAUCCACCAUGACAGCACCCAUUUGUCUAGUGGAAAACCACGGAGAGCAACUGAAUGUGAAUCCAGAAGCAUUACAGAUUCUUGACAAGAUUUCUCAACCUGUGGUGGUGGUAGGCAUUGUAGGGCUGUAUCGGACAGGAAAAUCCUACCUGAUGAACUGCCUGGCAGGACAGAACCAUGGCUUCGUCCUGGGUUCCACAGUGAGGUCUGAAACCAAGGGCAUUUGGAUGUGGUGUGUACCCCACCCCUCCAAGCUGAACCACACCCUGGUCCUCCUGGACACUGAAGGUCUAGGUAAUAUAGAAAGGAUUGACCUUAAGAAUGACUCACAGAUCUUUGCCCUGACUGUGCUUCUGAGCAGCACCUUGGUCUACAACAGCAUGGGCACCAUCAACCACCAGGCCCUGGAGCAGCUGCACUAUGUGACUGAACUAUCACAGCUAAUCAGGGCGAAGUCGUCCUCAAAGUUCAGUGGGGUAGACGACUCUACAGAGUUUGUGAGUUUCUUUCCAGACUUUAUUUGGGCUCUACGAGAUUUCACACUGGAAAUGAAGAUAAAUGGAUUCUUCAUAACUGAAGAUGAGUACCUAGAGGAUGCCUUGAAGCUGCUUCCAGGAACAAAUCCCAAAAUCCAGGACUCCAACUUGCCCAGGGAGUGUAUCAGGAAGUUCUUUCCAAAGAAGUGCUUCAUCUUUGACCGGCCUACAAGUGACAGAAAUCUCUUAUUCCAUCUUGAGAAGGUGCCAGAAGACAAGCUAGACAGUACUUUCCAGGAGCAAUCAAAGAAAUUCUGUACCUAUAUUUUCAAUCAUACAAAGACCAAGACCCUAAAAGAGGGAAUCAUUGUCACUGGGAGCCGGCUGAGAACUCUGGUGGUAACCUAUGUGGAUAUUAUCAAUACUGGAGCAGUGCCUUGCUUAGAGAAUGUGGUGACAACUCUGGCUCAGCGUGAGAACUCAGUGGCAGUGCAGAAGGCAGCUGACCACUACAGCAAGCAGAUGGCCCAGCGAGUGACACUCCCCACAGACACGCUCCAGGAGCUGCUGGAUGUGCAUGCAGACUGUGAGAGGGAAGCCAUUGCAGUGUUCAUGGAGCACUCCUUCAAGGAUGACAAGCGGGAGUUCCAGAAAAAACUCAUGGACACCGUAAAGGAAAGAAAGAAAGAUUUCUUGCUGCAGAAUGAAGAUGCUUCUUUCAAAUAUUCCCAGGCACAGCUUAAGCAACUUUCAGAGCCCCUGAUGAAAAGCAUUUCAAGAGGAAUUUUCUGUGUUCCUGGAGGAUACCAUCUUUACUUAGAGGCAAAGGAAAAGGUUGAAUCAGACUAUAACCUAGUGCCCAGGAAAGGGGUUAAGGCAGAUGAAGUUCUCCAGCAAUUCUUACAGAACCAGGCGGCAGUAGAGAACUCCAUCCUGCAGGGAGACGAUCUCCUCACUGAUCAGGAGAAGGCGCUAGCAGCUAAGCGGGCUUUGAAGAAGGCAGCUGAGAAGGAAUUAGAGCUGCUAAGCCAGAAAUACAAGGAGCAACAGCAAAAACUGGAGGCUCAAGAGAGAAGCUUUAAGGAAAACAUAGCCCAGCUGAGAGAUAAGUUGGAGAGAGAAAGAGAAAACUUUCGGGUGGAACAGGAAAAAAUGUUGAAGCACAAGCUGAAGAUCCAAGAAGAACUUCUUAAUGAAGGAUUUCUAAAGAAAUCUGUGAAGUUGCAUGCAGAGAUACAGCUACUAAAAAAAGAGAUUGCUGCAAAUAAGGAAGAUAAAUGUUCGUUGGGUCCAUGGAUCUUUGAUGUGAUUGGUAAAAUGUUAGAUGAAGAAAUAUCAGAUCCUAACGUCUGUGGAACAGCUGAACAGGCUAAGGAGAAGGCAGCUGAGAAGGAAGUGGAGCUGCUAAGCCAGAAAUAUAAGGAGCAACAGCAAAAACUGGAGGAUCAAGAGAGAAGCUUCAAGGAAAACAUAGCCCAACUGACAAAUAAGUUGGAGACAGAUAGAGAAAACCUUCGGAGGGAGCAGGAAAAAAUGUUGAAGCACAAGCUGAAGAGACAUGUCUUGGAAGAAGUUGCUGCGGCUGAGGUCGAACAGAUGACUGCCUGUGUUCUUCUUUAGGAUUUUGAUGGAUUCCUGCCUCACAUUUAGAUUUUUAACAGCUGAAGAAUUGGAUCAAAUAGAUUGACGACCUGAAAGUGCUUAAGGUCUGCAUUUUCAGGAACCCCAUGUGGAUCAGGAUAUCAUCAGUUUGGGGCUCCUUCUUCUUAUGUUUCAGGAUGCUAAAUGGGACUCUUCCUAUGUGGGGUCCACUAAGGGUCCCGGACUGAGAACACUAGGUGCCAAAUAACAACUAAUUCCAAAGCAAGGUGCCACACCAGCUUUUACAGAGUUAAGUUAAACUCAAGUCAGUAAACUAAAGAAGAAAAAUCAUAUGAUUAUAUCAAUUAAUGAAGUAAAGGCAUUUGACAAAAUCUAACGCUCAUGAUAAAACUACUCAUGAAUGAGAGUAAUGAAUACUUCCUCAACUUGAUAAAUAGCUGCAAAAAACCUACAGCUAACAUCAUACUUAAUGGUGAAAAACUAGAUGCU